GUCAUCGUUAAAUUGCCAGGCUUGAAGUAGGUACCUACUGAGAUUGUUGUGCCACGGACUUUGAUUUGGCUUCAUGAAACCUGCUUUCACGUAGCGACACAGGAACAGUGGUUAUAAAAAAUGCCUGCACACAAUUGUUCUUAUUAUAAUUGUACAAAUUCUUCGGAACAGAAGUCAAUGUUCCGUUUUCCGUGGAAUGACGUCAACCGCCUAAAAGUAUGGCUUGAGAAUUGCGGUAAUAUGAACAUUGCCCACUUGCCUGCAGAAAAUUUGCGGUCAAGGUAUUUAUGCAUUGACCAUUUCAAUAUCAAAUAUGUACGAAAUGAGACUGGUCAUAGAAAAAGACUCCAGAGAAAUGCAGUUCCAGAACCAUAUCAGACUCAAGACCUUCAAAAUCGCUCAAGCACUUCCUCACCAGAGUUAAAUAAUUCUUCAAAAGAAAAUGGAGGCGCUUAUGAUGAUAAAAUUGGGGACAAAUUUUUGGAAGACAUAUUACAAGAAGGUUCUCAGCAGAUUCCAGGUGAUACAGCUUCACAAGAAACUGGAGUCCUUGAUGGUGAAGAUAACUUUGAGGAGGAUAUAUUCGAAGAAAUCGUAGACGAUGAUUUUCACCAGAUUCCAGGAGAGGCGCAGCCUGCGACGCUGUCGGCGGGCGAGUUCUCGUGGCAGCGGGCGAGCGCGGUGGUGCCGGGCGACGCCGACGACGUCGCCGGUGCAGAGUAUGAGAUGGAAGCGGAGAUGUUCGAGGCCCCGGCGCCGCGGGCCCGCGCUCGCGAGCAGUCCCUGCACGAGGGGUACCGCUGCAACGGCUGCGGCGGGAGCAUAGUGGGGUUCCGCUACGUGUGCGUGCAGUGCGCGGACGUGGACCUGUGCGGCGCGUGCGAGGCGGCGGGCCAGCAUAUGCGCCACUACGCGCUGCGAGUGCCCGGCCCGCGGGCCUACGACGAGGUGGCCGCGGUGCUGCACAGGGUACGCCAGGCGCUGCUGGCCGACUCCAUCCUGCUCGGGGACGGUUUGCAGAUGGAGGCAGAGGUGAAGGAGGAGCCAGAGGAAGCGGACCCGAUAGCGAUGCCAUCGGACCUGAUAGCGAUGCCAGGGAACCCGAUAUUUAUAUCGAUGCCAGAAGAUCCAAUAUCGGUGCAAGCGUAUCCGAUAGCGAUGCCAGCGGCAGUGAAUGACGGGGACGAGUGCGCGAUAGAGGCAGAGGUGAAGGAGGAGCCAGAGGAACCGGACGAGUGCGAGUCGGUCGGUGCCGCGUCUGCGGCCGAGUCCACGCAUGCGCUCGAGGCCGACACGGCGGCCAGUGAUGAUGACGACAGCUACGCGCCGUCCGAGGACGACUCGGACUCGGACACAGAGGCGGGCCGGAGCGCCCCCGGACACACAGUCGACUACAGCACACCGACACGCUCGCAGUCUCACCACGCGUCACCAUCUUCGGCACGCGCUGUCAAGCGACCAGCGCCGGAUCCUAUAUGCUACUUCGACCUGAGGAAGAAUGCUGCGAUGAUAGCGGGUGACCGCAGCAAUAGCGACAUGAAGCCGGUCACGCAGCUCCACAGCUUGCCUCGCCACGAGGACGACACACUCGCUGACAAGAGACCGUUGUCCGCGGCACAAGUUUUGUUAGACUCUAAACGAGUGCGUGUUAUCCUAGAACGACUGGACAACACUGAACUAUUCACGCUGCGAGUCAAGAGAUGACGCUGUCUCAAAACGAAAGACUGACCAAAUAAAUGUGAUUUAUGAUUUAA